UGUACGGCCACUCGAUCAACAUGGAACAAUAUCAACUACCACCUCAAUCAAGUCCCACCAUAAACACCGAGGGACACAUCAAGAGGCCGAUGAACGCUUUCAUGGUGUGGGCCAGGAUCCAACGCAAGAAAAUAUCCGUGGAGAAUCCGAAGAUGCACAACUCAGAAAUAUCCAAACGCCUCGGCUCCGAAUGGAAGUUGUUAACUGAACUGGACAAGAGGCCGUACAUCGACGAAGCCAAACGUCUUCGUGCCCUGCACAUGAAGGAGCACCCGGACUACAAGUACAGACCCAGGAGGAAACCCAAGGCACCUUUACCAGCUGCCACGAGUUUUCCAAGCCUCCAGCUUCCGUAUUAUCCUCCAGUGGAUGCAGUGAGUUCCUCGUAUUCGCCUUACUUCAACCCUGCUGCUCAGCACCAACCACCGGUAACGUCAAUGCACUCGUCGUUUCCUCCUUCGUGGUAUUCGUUGUAUCAAGCGCAGGCUAAAGCUUUCGCUCCUCCGCCAAUGGGGAUGUUUUCAACGAUGCCCUCUUCCAUGAUGUACUCUUCGACGGCAUCGAGUCCCGUUUCCAGCCCCGGAAGUUUAGAUUUGGAAAUGAGGAGGCCUAUUCCAGUUAUGUAUUAGUUAGUUAUAUAGUAAUUAUAAAUAAUUGUAUAUAUAUAAAUGUAAUAUGGGCUGUAUUAUGUUAUCUGAUUGUAAAUCGAGUGUA